UCAAGGUCACUUGAAGAGGCAUCAGAUGAAAUUGGAGAUGAAAUGGCGUCAAGUUUGGAUGUUAGAGAUGGUUCAGAUGAUGUGAGGAUUGUCCUUCUAGGAAAAACUGGAGUCGGGAAAAGUGCAACAGGAAACACAAUCUUAGGGAGAAAAGCAUUUAAAUCAGCCGCAUCACAGUGGUCCAUUACUAAAGAGUGUCAGAGAGAAACAGCUGAAAUUAACAGCAGACGCAUCACUGUGAUUGAUACUCCAGAACUGUUUGAUACUGAACAUGAAGAGAUUCAGAGAGAAAUGACCAACUGUAUCUCAAUGACACUGCCAGGACCUCAUGUGUUUAUUAUUGUACUGAGUUUAGCUCAACGCUUCAAAAAAGAGGAGGACGAAUCAGUGAAGAUCAUUCAAGAGACUUUUGGUGAAAACUCUUUAAUGUACACCAUGAUACUCUUCACCAGACUAAAGGAGCUUAAAGAUGAAACCAUUGAAGAGUUUUUGGGAAACUCAAAAUCUGCUUUAAUGAACCUUGCUGAACAGUGUGGAAACAGAUAUCAUGUAUUUGAUAAUACUGAGACUGAAGAUAACACACAAGUUACUGAUUUACUGGAAAAAAUAGAUGUCAUGGUGACAACAAAUGGAGGGAGUUAUUACUCAUCUAAAAUAUUCAGAGAGAUGGAGCGAGAAAAACAUGAAAAAGAAAUGAAGAUACUGAUGGAGAAAAUUGAACAACUGAGUGAAGAGAAAGAAGAUGAGAUAAAGACAAUGAAGAAGAUGAUGGACGAAGAAAGACACAAUCACGAGAAAGAGAGGAAGAAAAUAGAAGCGGAAUCUAUAAAGACAGAAGAAAGAUGUAAAAGAGAAAUAAUAGAGCAAAAAAAACAGAUGAAAGAUGAGAUGAGAAGAGAACGAGAGACAUUAAAAAAUGAAAUAAAGGAAACAAACAAAGAAAAUAAAGAUCUCCAGAACAAAUAUAUGACACAAAUAGACAAACUGAUGAAUACAAUAGAGACUGAACGACAGAAUCAUGAGAGAGAGAGAAAGAGAAGAGAAGAUGAGUUUAGCGAGAGAGAAGAAAGAUAUAAAAGAGAAAUGAAGGAGCAGAUGGAGGUCAAAAUGAAAGGAGAACAAGAAAGAUAUGAAAUAGAGAAACAAGUUGAAAGACUGAGAAAGGAAGAAGAAGAUCAGAAAAGAAAAGAGAAAGAAGAAAUGAUGUUGGACCAGUUUGAGAAAAUAAAAAACGAAAAAGAGAGAACAGAAAGAGAAAGAGAUGAACAUCAGUUCAGAUAUAGCAAAGAGAUAGAGAGAAUGAAGACGAUGAUGGAGGAAGAAAAACAAAAUCAUGACAAAGAGAGAAAGAAAAAAGAAGAGGAUUUUCUAGAGAGAGAAGAAAGAUAUAAAAGAAAAAUGAAGGAGCAAGAGCGAGAGAUGCAAGAUGAGAUGAGAAGAGAAAGAGAAAGCUAUGAGAGAGAAAAACAAGAUGAAAAACUGAGAAAAGAAGAAGAGGAUCAGAAAAGAAAAGAAGAAAUGAUGUUGGACCAAUAUGAACAAAUAAAAAAAGAGAAAGAGAGGACAGAAAGAGAAAGAGAAGAUCUUCAAUUAAAACACAACACAGAGAUGGAGAGAAUGAAGUUGAUGAUGGAGGAAGAAAAACAGCAACAUCAGAGAGAGAGACAGAAAAGAGAAGAGGAGUUCCUGGAGAGAGAUAAAAGAUAUAAAAGAGAAAUGAAGGAGAUGGAAGAUGAGAUGAGAAGAGACCGGGAAAGAUAUGAGAGAGAAAAACAAGAUGAAAGACUGAGAAAAGAAGAAGAAAAUCAGAAAAGAAAAGAUAAAGAAGAAAUGAUGUUGGACCAAUAUGAAAAAAUAAAAAAAGAGAAAGAGAGGACAGAAAGAGAAAGAGAAGAUCUUCAAUUAAAACACAACACAGAGAUGGAGAGAAUGAUGAAGAUGAUGGAUGAAGAAAGACAAAAUCAUGAGAAAGAGAGAAAGAAAAAAGAAGAGGAUUUUAUAGAGAGAGAAGAAAGAUAUAAAAGAGAAAUUAAGGAUCAAAAGAAACAAAUGGAAGAUGAGAAGAAAAUAGAACAAGAAAGCUAUGAGAGAGAGAAAGAAGACGAAAAACUGAGAAAACAAGAACAAGAUCAGAAAAGAAAAGAGAAAGAAGAAAUGAUGUUGGACCAAUAUGAAAAAAUAAAAAAAGAGAAAGAGAGAACAGAAAAAGAAAAAGAAGAUCUUCAAUUAAAACACAACAAAGAGAUGGAGAGAAUGAAGAAGAUGAUAGAGGAAGAAAGAGAGAAACAUGAGCGAGAGAAGAAAGACAGAGAAGAAGAAUACAAAGAAAAGAUGGAAGAAAUCGAGACAAAAACACAGAAACAGAUGCAAGAUGAUGAAAGGAGGAGAGAGGAAGAAAAACAAAACUGGAGAGAAAAACAGAAGAUGCUUGAAGAAAAAAUCCAGAUUGAGAAACAUCUGAGAGAAGAAGAAAGAAAAAUUUAUGAAGAUAAAAUUCAUCUGAUUGAAAAACAGUGUGAAGAUAAACUAAUGAGAGUAAAAUCAGAAGAUUAUGAAGAAGACAGAAGAAGAGACUUAGAGAGAAUUAAAAUCUGCUGCUCUCAAACAGACUCAAGUCAUCUGAUAAUUGAACCAAAGAUCAGCAAACAUCUAGAAAAACUCUUCAGUAGAUUAAAUUUAACAAACAGACAUCAAGAUAAACUGAGAACAGAAGAUUUUCUAAAAAUCACAGAAUCUUCACUUCAGUCUGAGGAGCCACAGAAAGAAACUGAACUUGUGAACUCAUUCCUACAUAAACUGUUGAACAUGAACUACAGAGCAAGAGAAACUCACAUAAAACACAGAGAAGAUCAACAAACACCUGCAAACUACAACCCUGAAGUUGACUUUGAUAUUCAUGUGAUGGAUGUUCAGAUGGCUGUGUUUCAUUGUGCUGAUAGUUUCCUAAAGCAGCUGAUGGUCACUAAACUCUCACAGUGUCAGUUUGCUCUUCCUCUGCUUGUUCCUCAUCCAUUCACACAACAGAUUGAGUUUCCUCUCUGGACAUUCAGACAAAUCAACAAGAGCUGGAAGAUGAGAAAUAAUCACAAUGAGAUCAUCAGUAAAGUCCAGCCUGUGUACAAAUCAGAAACUCCAAUGGUGUCGUUCUUCAGGUUUGGCUCUUUGUCUUCAUCAAAGUCUCAGCUGAUAAACAGUUUGAUCAAUGAGAAACACAACACAUUCUUCCACAGAAACUGCUCAGGAAGCAGCAGAACCAGACUACUGAUGGAUGGAGUGGUGGAGGUCGCCUGGUACUGUCCAUCUGGAAGAAACACAGAUACAUUUACUGACUGUGUUGCCUUCUGUAAUCUUCAUGGUAAUGCAGGAGACAAUGAGAAACAAUAUGAGAUUUUAACCAGUAUGUCUUCAGUCAAUGUCCUCUUCUUAUCUGAUUUUGGACAGAAGAACCAGGAUAAGGGUUUGGUGAAGUCACUCUUCAGAUCUCCUCAGCCUCUUAUUUGUCUGCUUACAGACAAUGAUUGUGAUAAAACUAAACUGACAAAUGGAAAAUUCAUCUUUGGUCUUUUGAACAAAAAUCAAUCUGAUCUAUCUAAUGAGAUAAGAGAGACAAUCAGAUUGAGUUUGAAAGAUCACAUAAAGAUAUUUAAACUGGAAGAUGUGGCCAAACAAACAGGAAUUCAAGUAGAUGAGAAUAAUGAAGAGUGUCAAAGAGGAAAAGAGGCGGCGCUUCAGAUGAUGAGAUUACUGGAUGAUGAAGAUCCAUCAACAGUUAAAGAAUCAAAUCUGCCCUGUCAGGGGAAACUGUGGCACGACUGGUGUAAAAUAAACAAAGAGCUCCAUCAUUUAGUAGAAGAAAAUCUAGAAGAAGAUAAAAGUACCAAACUGAAACUGAUGAGAGAAAUAAGAGAAAAGCAAGUCGCACAAGAAUCAACAGAGUUUAUGAGGAUGUUUUUUGAAGCAUUUCGAUCACUGAUAACCAAUGAGAAGAAGUAUUUUCGGACAUGGACAAUAAAUCUGUUGGAUGACUUUACUUCUAAAAAGCUUUGUGAACUUUAUAAGGAGUAUGAUCUGAAAUGGAAUAAAGUCUCUGCUUUGAAACAAAUGGCAGAUAAACAAGACCAAUUCCAGAUUAAACAAACAGAGCUUGAGGAAAUAUCAGAACAAAUCAAUAAAACAACCUUUGGUUUGGAGGACAUUGUGAGAGAGAUCGGUCAGAUCUAUGAAUCAUGGUCAUCUGUAAAGAAAAAUGGUUUCUCUGAUCUCCCGAGUCUUGCAGCAGAGAUGAUGAUCUCUGGAUUUCCACUGGAGCUGAUGGAUGGAGAUGCUGCUCAUGUUCCUCUCAUCUGGAUUAAAGCUGUUUUAGAUCAAAUCAUCAAGAAACUGGGAGGAGAUCAGAGUGUUUUUGUGCUGUCAGUUUUAGGGAUUCAGAGCUCUGGUAAAUCCACUUUACUCAAUGCUAUGUUUGGUCUUCAGUUUUCUGUCAGUGCUGGUCGAUGCACCAGAGGAGCUUUCAUGCAGCUGAUCAGAGUAUCAGAGGAGAUGAAACAACAGCUGAAGUUUGAUUAUAUUCUGGUUGUUGAUACUGAGGGUCUACGUGCACCAGAACUGGAUGGAAGAUCAACAAGAAGUCAUGAUAAUGAAUUGGCCACAUUUGUUGUUGGUCUUGGAAAUCUGACAUUGAUCAACAUCUUUGGAGAAAACCCAUCUGAGAUGCAAGAUAUUCUCCAGAUUGUUGUCCAGGCCUUCAUGAGGAUGAAGGAGGUGAGACUGAAUCCCAGCUGUAUGUUUGUACAUCAGAACGUUUCAGACCUCACAGCUGGAGAUAAAAACUUGGAGGGAAGAAGACGACUGCAGGAGACACUGGAUGAGAUGACAAAACUUGCUGCUAAAGAAGAAGUCUGUGAUGCAGAAUAUUUCAGUGAUGUUAUUGCAUUUGAUGUACAGAAAGAUGUGAAAUAUUUUCCUCAGCUGUGGGAGGGAAGCCCACCAAUGGCGCCACCAAACCCAAACUACUGUGAGAAUGUUUUGGAUCUGAAAAAAUCUGUUUUAACACAUGCUUCAGAAUCAAAUGGCAUAAUGCUGUCACACCUAAGAGGACGUAUUGAAGAUCUCUGGGAGGCUUUGCUGAAUGAACAGUUUGUGUUCAGCUUCAGAAAUACUUUGGAAAUCACAACUUACAGGAGAAUAGAGACAGAAUACAGCAAGUGGAGCUGGAGUCUUCGAAGUGCAAUGUUGGACAUUGAAAACAAACUACACAACAGAAUAGAAAAUGAAGCAGUUCAUGAAGUUGAAGAUUCUGAUCUUCAAAGAGAACUUUAUGAAAAAAGUGAAGAAGUGAAAAAGUCAAUGUCUGAUUUCUUUGAGAAAGAUGAAGAUGAAGGAAUACUGAAUCAGUGGAAAGCUUCAUUUGAAAUAAAAAUCAAAGAGCUUCAGGAAAACAUUGUGAGGGAGACAAAGAAGAAAUUAAAUAAGGUUCUUCAGCAGCGAGACCUGAAGAAAAACAUUGAUGCUCAAAGGACACAACAUGAAAACAGUCUGUUUGAAAAGAGCAAAACACUUGCCAUGAAACUAAAAGACAAAGUAAAUGAUGAAAAUAUCAUUAAAAAAGAGUUUGAUUCCUUUUGGAAAGAGCAGAUGUAUAAAAUCAUUAGAGAGACUCCUCCAGUUAAAAACAUUGACAUAUUAAAUGAUGUAACAGAUCUCCUCAGAAACACAUCUGGAAGUCUCCCUGUAGACUAUAAGAAAAUAAGCAGUGAGUACAUUAAUAUGCUCUCUCUGCGAAGCUAUUCAGAUUAUGUACAGUUAAAGAAAUCCAGUGGAGUUAUGGGACCUAUAAAAAAUGCCUACAAAGGAGCUAAAGAGAUAUUUGGCUUUGUUGUUUUAUCUCCAGAGGAUGAAGUUCAGAUAAGAAGAUUAAUCAAUGAAAUUGCUGAUGACACAGAUCAAAUGAUUCAGUCAUAUAACAUUGCAAAGAUGGGCUAUAACAUCAGCUACAUUCAAGAACUCAUAGAUUACAUAAAGACAAAAAUAACAGAUCAUGAAGAAGAGCCAAAAGUGAAAUAUGUGUUCAAGAGAGAAUUCUUCAGGAAUUUGGUGGUUUGCAUUUGUCAGAGAGCAAACAAGACAUUCACUGAUCAACACAGAUUUUACAGAGAAGCAAAUGAUCCUGUUCUGUAUUCUAACCUGAAAAGAGAAGAGUACUACAAUAUUUUCCAGAAAUACUGUCAAGGAGCAACAUCAGCUGCCAUUACUGCUGAAUUUAUUUGUAAUAAACUUAAAGAGACCAUUGAGCAGUAUGUUUACAAAAAUACUGCCAGAGAUUUAGCAGAUGAAAUGAAGACAAACUGUGAAUCACUGAAUGGAAACAGAUCAAAUCUGGAGAAACACAUCCUGAAGACACUGGCAAAUAAAGAGGAUUUUACAGCAUACAUGAACUACAUUGAGAAUCCCAGAGAUUACUUUAAAGAUUUCAUCAGAGGUGAAGUCAGUCAGUACAUCACUAAAGGAUUUCAUGAUAGUGUUCAACCUAAAAUGGAGAAAAACAUUACACAGCUGGAGCAGAAGAUCAUACACGCAGCACAAGAGUCCACCAAACACAUUCAAGAGAUCAAUGGAGAUCUUCAUUCAUGGUUGACUCAUUUCACACAUCUGCUGUCUGAUGUUCUGGUUUUCUCUGUAAGUGAUCUCUCUGGAGUGAAUAUUAGUGAUGUUGAUAUCACUGUCCUAGAAGAUGUGAUAGUAAAAGAGAUUCCUUCUGUAAUAUCUGACAUCCUCAGUAGAUUUACUAAAGAAACACUCCUACUGAAGCUGGACAACACAGACAGACCUGAUGAGCUUCUGAUUGAUCAUUUCUGUCAGUGUUGUUGGGUUCAAUGUCCUUUCUGUGCUGCCAUCUGCACCAACACCAUAGAAAACCAUGAUGGAGAUCACAGUGUCCCUUUCCAUCGUAAUAUUGGACUGAAUGGGUGGCAUUAUAGAGGAACAACAAACCUAGCUAUCAACAUCUGUACAUCAGCAGUAGCCAGUGAUCGAUCAUUUUAUCCAGAUGCAUCAGAUGUUAAGUGUCUGUGGAAGGAAUACAGAAAAGGAGGUCCUAAAUAUGCUCAGUGGAGUAUCACCCCUGAUCUCUCUGAGCUGCCCUACUGGAAAUGGUUUGUGUGCAAAUUUCAGAAGAAUCUGGAAGAGUACUACAAGAAAACCUAUGAAGGGAGUCGAAAGAUUCCAGAUGAAUGGAGAAAAUACUCUAAAGAGGAUGCUAUUGAGAGUUUGGAUAAAUACAUUUAAUAAAACACACAAAUACUUGAGGAUCUUGAUACAUAAGACAGUUUGAAAUAAAUGUAUGUAAAAUGUACAAAAUUAAAUAUAGCCACAAAACACUUACAUGAAAUGAAAAUUAAAUGAAAUAAUUUCACUGAUCUAUACUUAAAGACAAGAGAUGUUAGAUGAGUAUUUCAGAGUAUAUGUUAAAAUAAUAUAACAAUUAAUAUGUAAAGAAAGUGUCUCAUGUUAUAGUACCAUAUUUUCAAAACAGUAAUGAAUAAAUCCAAAGAUAAAAAUUUUAAGCAAAAUGUUGUGAAUUCCAAUUAAAGUGCAGUGAUUACAAACUUCAAAGUGCUGUGUAGCAUUUUAUUGCAGAAAAAACAGAGGAUACACUUAAAAUGUUGGGUUGUUUUAACCCAUAAUUGGGUCAUAUAUAGACAAACCCAACAGCUGAGCUCAUUUCAGCC